UGUUUUGGGGGAGGUCUGAAUCUCCUGCCACAAGGAAAGAUCCCUGAGAGAAGCGGCUCGAGAUCUCGGGAGGCGCGUGCGGCGCCGCCCCCCGCACAGCAGGGAGGCGCGGGAAAGGCGGCGGUCCCUGCUCAGCGGGGGAAGCCCAUCCCGGGAGCGCGAGAGGCGCAAGCAGCGGCCGGAGGCGACCGCGGAGGCUGACACGCGGCGCAGCUGCCGCAGGGGAGCGGCGGCGGCGGGCGCGAGGGGCGGGGCAGACUCCGCAACUUCUCCCGCCGCCUCCCGGGUGCUCCGGACUGAGCCGCGCGGCGGCUGCGUGCUGCCGGCUGCGAGCUGCUGUGCGGUCAGCCGGGUCCGGCACGCGAGCCGGUGCGUCCCGGACGUCCGUCGGGUCUUAAAGGCGCCUCCCUCAGGGAGUCCCAGCGCGGCCACGCUUCUGCGGUGUCUGCAGGGACUGAGGGUCCGGGACGUCAGGGGCCGCGAGAUAGAGCCGGUGCGCCCCCCAGCGGCCGGCGCGGGCCCCAUGGCAGGGCCCCGCGGAGUGGAACCGGCGAGGUGAAGCCCCCGGGCUGGCAGCCAGAGCGCGUGGUGGGGGCACCGGCUCCAUGGACAGGAGCGCACAGCGGCGCGAUGAUGGACGUUAACAGCAGCGGCCGCACGGACCUCUACGGGCACCUCCGCUCCUUCCUACUGCCCGAGGUCGGGCGCGGGCUGCCGGACCUGAGCCCCGACGGCGGCGCCGGCCAGGUCGCGGGCUCUUGGGCACCGCAUCUGCUGCACGGGGUCCCCGAGGUGACGGCCAGCCCUGCGCCCACCUGGGACGCGCCCCCGGACAAUGUCUCUGGCUGCGGGGAGCAAAUCAACUACGGCAGAGCCGAGAAAGUUGUGAUCGGCUCCAUCCUUACGCUCAUUACGCUGCUGACGAUCGCCGGCAACUGCCUGGUAGUGAUCUCGGUGUGCUUCGUCAAGAAGCUCCGCCAGCCCUCCAACUACCUGAUCGUGUCCCUGGCGCUGGCCGACCUCUCGGUGGCCGUGGCGGUCAUGCCCUUCGUCAGCGUCACGGACCUCAUAGGGGGCAAGUGGAUUUUUGGUCACUUCUUCUGCAACGUCUUCAUUGCCAUGGACGUCAUGUGCUGCACGGCCUCGAUCAUGACCCUGUGCGUGAUCAGCAUCGACAGGUACCUUGGGAUCACCAGGCCCCUAACCUACCCUGUGCGGCAGAGUGGGAGAUGCAUGGCGAAAAUGAUUCUCUCUGUCUGGCUUCUUUCUGCCUCCAUCACUUUACCACCGCUCUUUGGAUGGGCUCAGAAUGUAAACGAUGACAAAGUGUGCUUGAUCAGCCAGGAUUUUGGCUACACAAUUUACUCCACAGCGGUGGCAUUUUACAUCCCCAUGUCCGUCAUGCUUUUCAUGUACUACCAGAUUUACAAGGCUGCCAAGAAGAGUGCCGCCAAACACAAGUUCCCAGGCUUCCCUCGCCCGGAGGAGCCGGAAAGCAUCAUCUCCCUGAACGGAAUAGUGAAACUCCAGAAAGAAGUGGAAGAGUGUGCAAACCUCUCGAGACUCCUCAAACACGAACGGAAAAACAUCUCCAUCUUUAAGAGGGAACAGAAAGCAGCCACCACCUUGGGGAUCAUCGUGGGCGCCUUCACCGUGUGCUGGCUGCCGUUUUUCCUCCUGUCGACAGCCAGACCCUUUAUCUGUGGCACUGCCUGCAGCUGCAUCCCGCUGUGGGUGGAGAGGACCUUCCUGUGGCUGGGCUAUGCAAACUCUCUCAUUAACCCUUUUAUAUAUGCCUUCUUCAACCGGGACCUGAGGACCACGUACCGCAGCCUGCUCCAGUGCCAGUAUCGGAACAUCAACCGGAAGCUCUCAGCUGCAGGCAUGCAUGAAGCUCUGAAGCUUGCCGAGAGGCCUGAGAGACCUGAGUUUGUGCUACAAAACUCCGACUACUGUAGAAAAAAAAGUCAUGAUUCAUGAUGAAAAGCAGAUAAUGGAAACAACUAAACAAAGCAAGACAGAGGUGGAAACAGAACCAAAUCAUUUGCUGAGACUGCAGAAUGGAAUGCAUCCUUUCUUGGGGUGGCUAAAAUGCAACAAACAGGGUGAUCUAUUGUACAAAGUACAUUACAAGGGGGAGCGGUAACUUCUCCUUUUUUCUGUGGAUCAGUGCUAUUGUGUGCAAAUGAAAAUAGUUGUCCGUUAAAGACAGCCAGAUCAUCUCAGCAAUAAGCACACGAACAGAACUGAGUUCCUGAGAGGAAACAGUUUCUGGUGCUUUGCAUCUGUCCAAGUCCAUGCAUAUGGAAGAAAGUUCCAGUGCACACUUCCCGUGCUUUGGACUCCAGGCAUUGUCAUAAAUAUUCAGGAAUCAUUCAUGAGACAGAAUAUAUUUUGUUGUAUGACAGAAGGGUGUUUUUCCAAGCAAACUGCAGUAAGCAUAGUGUUGAAUAUGUUGCAUGUCCAUGUUGGAAAACAGAAUCCAGUCAUCAGCUAAUACAAAUGAUGUCCCAGAGCAGUGUUUGUUUAAAGCUUCUGUCAAAUAGUUUGGCUUUUCUGCAGGUCCCCUGUGACUUCCCCACCAAUGUACUUUUGUCAUUAACUCAAUUAUUGUUAUGGAAUAACUCAGGAACAGAUCUCAGGAUGGAGAGAAUCAUAAACCCCGAAUAAAGCUUUUUCUUGCUGCUAUUACACUUCUAGUGAGGGGUUCUGAGAGGUGAGGGGGAUUCCUCCUAUGAGGAUUUUUACGUGGAUGAGGAGUGAGUGCUGCCUAACCACGUUGUACAUGAGCAUGAUGAUUGCCACAGACCUUUUGAAUAUUAUCUCACACAAGGGUUCAAGGGGUCCAUAACUGUGUGUUACUUGGAAGGAAGUGUGGGAAUAGUAGGGUUUCAAUGAAGGAUUGUGUUGCUUCUGGAGGGUGAGUAUAAAUAUGUUAAUUCUCAUUGAGCAGCAAUAUAGUAAACCAAAUUGCAUGGAUUGGAACUUGCUUGGGCCACUAUUGGGAAAUGCUGCAAAACACCAUUCUGUCU